GUCUAUGUGCCAUUCGACUUUGGGCAGCCGCCUCCCCGGCCCCUUAAAUACUACCGCGACCACAAAAUUUCCAAACGCCUCUCAGUCUCCCUUCGCCAUGACAAAGGCGAUUUCAACCUGGACUUCAGAAGGAAUAUGGCGGCGCCAUUGAGCCAACUGUUGGCCCACCGAAUCAUGACAGAGGUGCAGGUCAGCCAAGAAGAAGUCAUAGCGGUGGUGUAUCACAGUGAGAAGCAGAGAUUUCGCCUGCUCUGGGAGGGCGGCCCAGACGGAGAGCUGCUGAUCGGUGCAGUUCAGGGGCAUUCGGUGGUCGUCGACAACGCCUCGGUACACAGCAGGGUCGACCAGGAUAAG